AUGCUGCCACGCUCGUGCAGCGGGGUGCUGUACGAGGUGCUGGAACUGGACCGCCAAUGCACCUCCGCGGAAGUCAGCCAGCAGUACCGCCGCCUCGCCCUGCGCUACCACCCCGACCGCAACGCCGGCGCGACGGUGGAACAGUUCCAGCAGAUUGAGGAGGCGCACCGCGUGUUGAGUAACCCGCAGCAGCGCCGGCUGUACGACACGGUUGGCCGCGAGGGCUUAAAGCAGCUGGGCGACUACAGUGGCGGCAUGCUGGGCAGUCUGCUCAUCAUCAUCGGCAACGUCGCGGCGGGGUGCUUCAUUGUUGGCCUGCUCUCUGCUGCCUUCUUCGUUUCGCUGCUGGUUGGGUGCUACAAGAUCGACGCGCCCGAUCAGUGGCCGUCGUGGGGCGUCAUCCUCCUUCCGCUGUGGUGCUUUUUACCGGGGCUGGUGGUGGCCAGUGUGGCCGUCAUGGUGGAGAGCUGGAAGAGGGGGUUGUACGUGCUGCUGCUGCCAAGCGUGCGACUGCUGUUGUGCGUCGUAAUCGUGGCGACCUCGGCGGCCGCGCUCGACCACCGCAUGUCGCCGAUAUCCGCGUUUAUCCCGUGGAUUAUCUGGUACGUCAUCGGGACGGUGAGUGACAUCGUGAUGAUGGUGCCGACGGUGUACCGCCGCGUACACUCGCCCCACUUUUCAGAGGAGGCGGCCUCGGGAACCACGAACGCCACGCAGGAACCGUUUCUGCCUGGCGGCGCGCACAACUUCGCCGUACCGUCGCCUUCGACGGCAACGAACGACGACCACCGUGGCAGUCCUGCGGGGAGUGAGAACGGAUCCUUCGCCACAACACCAUGGCGUACGGGGCAGUACUGGCGUGACCUCGCGGAGCUCCUGCUCGAGGCGGGCUGCGUGUACGCGUUCAUUGCGCUUGCGUUUCAGCGCGCUCUUCAGCAACAGAAACAGCAGCAGCAGCCGGCGGCACCUGGCCCGGUGCUGAGCUUCUGGGUCGUCCUCGCGCCUCUCCUUGUCUUCUUUGGGGUCCACUUCGUCGUGAACGCGUGGGAGGGCUUCUUCGCCCCGUCCUCCGUCCCCAACGACGGCCACGGCGGCGGCGACUCCGCCUCCGCCUCCCCGCUCAACGCCAGCACCCCCUUUCGGGACGGCAGCCACCGCACCAGCUCGGGCGGAUCGUCAGUGUCGUCGUCCUCGGCCCAGCAACAACAACAGCAGCAGCAGUCGCAGCGUCCGCCGGGCCUGGGCGAGCGGGCCGCCAACGUGCUCCUCCGCACCGGACCUCCCGCGUGUGGGCUUUACAUGUCAGCGAUGUGGGCGGCCAAGGCGGAGUACGAAUACAACGGCGUCACCACCGGCGCUGACCCGUCCGCCUUCCUUGCCUUUCUACCCAUCCUCGUCGUGUUGGGGGCCUUGGCCUUCAGUGUGUGCUGCGGCGGGUGCCUCAUCGUCUGCCUCGGUCGAACGCUGACGAGCGCGGGUGAAGACGGGGCGGCGGGACAGCAGGCAGCACACUCACCGGCGCAGCGAAGCAGCGGCCGCAACACGACUACUUUAGCGCGCGAUGAAGGCUACCAAAGCACGGCGGCCAGCAUCCCUCCGACACAGGGCAGCCCCGGCGCAGCGAGGUCCUUGCAGAUGGCAGCACCGCAUUUGGCGCCGCGCCGCGGUAACACGGCGAGCGAUCUGGCCAUUGAACAGAUUGAUUAG